AUGGGCUUCGAGGAGAAUGGUCAGGCCCACAGAGUUACUGUGUGUCCUGAGGCCCAUUACAAGUUCAGGCUAUGGGCAUAUUGGAGGACCACACUUCUUUUGGGGCCAAUGGUUGGUCAUAAGCAGAUCGUUCAAUCUGGCCUAGUGAAUCCACAGUGCGUGAUAAAAUAUGACUUAGCCCAAUUGCUGAACCUUGGAAGAGAAAAUGAAAUACACAAGCAGAAUCCUGGAGAAAAUGAAGGAUACCAUAAUGUGAAGAGAAUGCCCACGAUGAGGAUGACAUACCACUUGCUUGGCCCUCAGCCUGAGCAGGUCUUUGGAUUGAGCCCACACUAUGAUGCAACAGCCAUCAUGAUACUCCACCAAAUGAAUGGCACGGAUGGCCUCCAUAUUAAGAGGAACUGUGCGCAGCUCCCCGUCAAUAUCCUGCCUCAUGCAUUUGUUGUGAAUAUCUCGAGCAAUGGGAUCUCCCAUAGCAUCGAGCCCUGGGCGAUGGGAACACUGAGAAGGAAAGGAUCUGCCGUUCCAAUGUUCUUCAACCCCAAGCUGGAGGCAGGGUUUGGGCCGGCAGCUUCAUUUGUCAACCCUGAAAUUCCAGACCUCUUCAGGAGGAUUACAAUGGGAGAGUACGUUAAAGGGUUUUUCUCCCAGUCGAUGGAUGGAAGUCCAUCUGGUGUGGUUUCUAAUAUAAUUUGUGGUACUGAAAGGACUGACAUGGUGUGA